AUGCCCAGCAGUCGCGCAAACUUCUCUUCGAAUUCUGCAAACGCCGCUCCAGGGCGGAACCCUUACAGUACAUCCUGGGCUCUCAACCGUUCGGAGACCUGGAUCUCAAAUGUCGUCCUGACUGACCGUGACCCGGCUGCGGUGGUGCUGCAGGCCCGAGACGGAAUCUUACACGGCCUACCUCGCGAAACUCUUGAAUCAAGAUCAGUUGCACCCGGACCUGGUGCAAUCCAGCCGUGGGCAGACGACAGAAAGGCCGCUGCGGAUCCUGGAUCUCUGUUCCGGGAGCGGCUGCAUAUCGCUGCUGCUUCACUCCUUGCUGCAUCCCAAGUUCCCACAUCUCCACGUCUGGGGGCUGGACAAGAGCCGUGUCGCGACCCCGUUGCCAUCCUGGACGAUGAUACACAUAGCCCGCAGGUCCAGUUCGGCCGGGCAAAUGUGUUCAGGAAUGCAGAGCUGUCUCGCUUACCGCAGGAAUUCGACCUGAUUGUUUCCAACCCACCGUAUGUUUCCGAACAACAGUAUAACACGUCGACGACCCGUUCCGUGCGCAACUUCGAGCCUAGGCGUGCACUCGUGCCUACGGUACCGAGUGAUUUCAACUACGCGCUGGAGCGGACAGACACGGCAAGCGAAGACGCAUUAUACCUGCGUCUCGUGAGCCUCCACUUGAUGUACCAGUCGAGCGUCUUGCUGACGGAGGUUGGAGAUGCUGCGCAGGCGGCGAGGGUCGCUGAGCUAAUGCUCAAAUCUGGUCCUCCCAUCCAAAACGGCUCGCGACAACACCGCGUUGAGAUCUGGCGCGAUGCUCCAGAGCAAGAGGAUGGAUCCUCUACCGUUAAGGAACACGAUGGACGCCACAUACCCAUCCGGGGCACCGGUAAAAUCCGUGCUGUGGCACUAUUUCGUGACCCAAUGCGUUUCUCUGUUCUGGUUCUUCUAGCGGCGUCGGGCCUCUCGACUGCUGCUCCAUCGGAACUGCAGCAGAAUUGGCGGGCAUCGCUUAAUCUGAGGGCACCGAGCCCGGAUGUGAAUGUCACGACUUUCUUUCCUCUCACACGUCAGAGAGGCAACGGUAGAGGGAGAGGGAAAGGAAAGGGCAAAGGGAACGAUAAAAGAUUUUGGGGUUACGGUCUUGCAGGGUUGAACGAAGAACAAAAAGGUCAGGGCUGGUCGGUUCCCGUCACGAUAGGCGGCAGGUCGUAUAAUCUGGCCGUCGACACCGGCUCUUCCGACACUUGGAUCCUCGCGUCAAAUUUCACGUGUCUCAGCGACGACGGCAGCCCGACCACCCAAGAUGUCUGCUCCCCUCCUGUGGCCAAGAAGUAUACACCGGGGAAAGAAUUCAAGCGCAUUCCUGACGUGAAUUUCAAUAUCCAAUACGGCGAUUACACGGCCGAGAGCGGCUAUUUCGGGAUGGUGAAGGCUACCAUGGGUGGCAUCACCGUCAAGACCCAGAUUGCCGUUGCAGAUAGAGCAAAUAUUGUGGCCGACCCCUGCUUAGAUUCGAGUGGGAUGUUGGGGCUUGCUUACCCUGCUCUUACGUCCGCUUUCUCGGGAACGAACCUCUCGGCUGAUGUACCGGCAAACCAACUUCCAUAUGACCCCAUCUUCACGAGUAUGUGGAAGCAGAAUCUCGUGGCCCCAGUGUUCACGCUCGCUAUUCAACGAGCUGCUGUGCCUGCGAACAAUCGACCUGAUGGAUAUCUCGCACUUGGUGGUCUGGCACCAGUCGCCACACGCGGUCAAACGGCCAGGCUCCCAAUCGAAUAUAUCGCCGAGGGACCAGGUUACGUCUACGGAUCGCUACCACGGCCACAAUACCAAGCCUACGCUAUCACACCUGACGCCUACCUCUUCAGCACCAGCACCACCGACCCCUUCGCCUCGCACCCGGCCCCUGUCUGGCAGCCUCUCAACACCACGGGCAUGCUCGGAUCCAACCAGACCCUCAUCGACGCGGGCGUGACGCUGUCGUACGUGCCGCGGCCGGUCGCGCGACAAAUCGCCAGCCUUUUCAAGCCACCAGGAGUGUACAACGCCAAUCUCCCCAACCCGGGCUGGACCGUCUCCUGCACGGCCCAGCCCCCAACCCUCGCCGUCCAGCUCGCGGGCGUCAUCCUCCCCUUUGACCCGCGCGACCUCAUCCUCGACGACUUCACCGGCACGGGCGCUUGCCAGAGCGGCAUCGGCGGCUCGGACGGCCAGCUCAAGUUCCUCGGCGACACUUUCCUCCGCAGCAACAUGGUCGUGUUCGACCAAGGCGCUGCGGAAAUCAGAGUUAGGAGUCGAGGGGUUUAUUGA